CCCGCAUCCGCGCGCCGGCGCCUCCUCAGAGCCGGCACCCGCAGCAGGAGGGGAGCCCGCGGGCGGGCGGUGCUGCUACUCAGGCCACUGUCAUUGUAAAAUCCAAGGAGAGAAGCAGAUACAUGUAACCCAGCUUCAUUACCUUCUAUAGAAGAAAAAAGGCACAGUUAAUUUCACCGACUGCUGGAGCAGAGGAAACAGUUAUUUCCCUAGAAGCCCAUCAUACAACUGUUUCUAUUUCCUACUGUCAUGGAGAAGUCAGCUUGCGUGCAUUUUGGCAGUUCACCAUAAAAUGAUGCACACAAAAUUAUAUCUCCAACCAUGAAAGGAUCUGCCAUCUGCUGGUUGUCUGAAACGUAGUAAGAUGAAGGUUUUGUGCCACACGCUCAAAAAAGAAUAUAAAACGAAGAAGCACGUGAUACUAAAGCUUUCUACAUAUAUCAUCAUAAGGAUCUCUCUUAAAGAAUUGCUGUAGGACUAACACUGAUUAUAAUUUGUCUUAAGCAUAAUGUGGUGAAACAGAGGAACAGAAGUUGUCCAUCUUUGUGCAGACUAAGGAAUUACAAUGUUUAUUUUGUGAGCUAAAACAGUUUUGCAGUGAACUGAGCAUCUGAAAAUGCGGCCAUGGACUGGUUCCUGGCGUUGGAUUAUGCUCAUCCUCUUUGCCUGGGGGACCUUGCUAUUUUAUAUAGGCGGACACUUGGUACGAGACAAUGAACACCCAGAUCACUCCAGCCGUGAACUAUCCAAGAUACUUGCAAAGCUUGAACGUUUAAAACAGCAAAAUGAAGACUUAAGGCGGAUGGCAGAGUCUCUCAGGAUACCAGAUGGUCCCAUUGAUCAGGGGCCAGCUGCAGGAAGGGUACAUGCUUUAGAAGAGCAGCUUUUAAAGGCCAAAGAACAGAUAGAAAGCUAUAAGAAGCGAACAGGAGAUGCAGGCAUGGGGAAAGACCAUGAAAUAUUGAGAAGAAGGAUUGAAAAUGGAGCCAAGGAACUUUGGUUUUUUCUUCAGAGUGAACUGAAGAAGUUGAAAAAUUUGGAAGGAAGUGAACUCCAAAGACAAGUUGAUGAAUUUCUAUCUGAUCUGGGUCACCAGGAAAGGUCGAUAAUGACAGAUCUGUACUACCUCAGUCAAACAGAUGGAGCAGGUGAUUGGCGAGAAAAAGAGGCCAAAGAUCUGACAGAGCUGGUACAGAGGAGAAUAACAUACCUUCAGAACCCCAAGGAUUGCAGCAAAGCCAAGAAACUUGUGUGUAAUAUCAACAAAGGCUGUGGCUAUGGCUGUCAACUUCAUCAUGUUGUCUAUUGCUUCAUGAUUGCAUAUGGAACACAACGAACACUCAUUUUGGAGUCUCAGAAUUGGCGCUAUGCUACUGGUGGCUGGGAGACUGUCUUUAGACCUGUAAGUGAGACAUGCACAGACAGAUCAGGCACUACCACUGGACACUGGUCAGGUGAGGCAAAUGAUAAGAAUGUUCAGGUGGUGGAACUUCCCAUCGUUGACAGCCUACACCCACGACCACCUUAUUUGCCAUUGGCUGUCCCAGAAGACCUGGCUGAUAGACUAAUUCGCGUCCAUGGGGAUCCUGCAGUGUGGUGGGUCUCGCAGUUUGUCAAAUAUUUGAUUCGCCCACAACCAUGGCUAGAAAAGGAAAUCGAAGAAGCAACAAGGAAACUUGGUUUCAAGCAUCCAGUUAUUGGUGUUCAUGUCCGAAGGACAGACAAAGUGGGAACAGAGGCAGCAUUUCAUCCCAUUGAAGAGUACAUGGUACAUGUUGAAGAACGUUUCCAGCUUCUUGCCCGCAGAAUGCAUAUAGACAAAAAACGAGUUUAUUUGGCUACAGAUGACCCUUCGCUACUACAAGAGGCAAAAUCGAAAUAUCCAAAUUAUGAAUUUAUCAGUGAUAACUCCAUAUCUUGGUCAGCUGGACUUCAUAAUCGAUACACUGAAAACUCACUGCGGGGUGUUAUUCUGGAUAUCCACUUUCUGUCUCAGGCAGACUUCCUGGUCUGUACGUUUUCCUCACAGGUUUGUCGAGUUGCCUAUGAAAUCAUGCAGACUUUGCAUCCAGAUGCUUCAGCACAUUUCCACUCUUUGGAUGAUAUCUACUAUUUUGGAGGACAAAAUGCGCACAACCAGAUUGCCAUUUAUGCCCACCAUCCACGAACUGCUGAUGAAAUCCCCAUGGAACCUGAAGAUAUAAUUGGUGUGGCUGGAAACCACUGGGAUGGUUACUCUAAAGGCAUCAAUAGGAAAUUAGGGAGAACAGGCCUGUAUCCAUCUUACAAAGUAAAGGAGAAAAUCGAGACAGUCAAGUACCCUACAUACCCAGAGGCUGACAAAUAGAACAAAAGAAGGAGGGUUGUCACUCACUCUUAAUUCUAAUUGGUUUGAACCAACCAACAUACAGAAGGCUUAUAUGGGAUUUGAAUUCACAUUUUAACAUGUAGUUAAAAUGAAAGCCUUUAGCAUUCAGACUGAAUAAGAAGCUUGGAGCAAAUGGACAGGCCAUUAUUUGAACUUCGUGAUGAACUUUUUUUUUGUUAUAUGCACUCUCACACAUGCGUGUGCACACAUCCUCCCAGGAAAACUGUUGUUUUAUACUAUUUGUCUCUUUCAAGAUUUGUCCCUAUCAUUAGUCAUACGUGAGCUUUGUGCUCUCUUCUUUGCCAUUAAUUGACUAUAAUACUCAGACUUACAACACUGCCAUAUUGUGUAAUUUGAGUGACAUGAACAUAUUUUGUAUGUACGGAAUUUACAACAUGGUGCCUAUAUUUGAAAGAUCUGUGACCUUUUCAGAAGAGCCAUGCCCAGUUCCACUGAUAGGCAAGAAGUGAUCUUUAACUGGUCUUGUCACGAGCGGUGAACUUGUUCCAACCAACAGAUUCAAAAAUCAGACUAGAUCUUUUUUCUUUACAAGAGUCAUUUAAAAGAAACAAUUCCAUUGAUUAGUUCACCUCAUUAAUAAUAAAGGAUACAUUCAAACAAUAAAAUAUUCACUGUCUGUUAGGAACUUUUGUAAACAAUGCCAUGAACAGAUUCUUUAGUACUGUAUGUUUCUGGACAUUGUCUUUGAUAACAAAAA